AUGGCACCGGCUCUCAUCUGCAUCCUGCAAAACGUAUGGCCAUUCUCGACGCUUAAGUCCGAUGAUCUCAGAGCUUCCGAUGCUUUGGUUAACAAGCUACCGAUACCUGAAUCCACAAAGAGAUUUGUUUACGCCGUCCAUGAUCGCAAAUCAGGUUCCGUCAUUUACAUCCUCUCUGUGCAGAAUUUGUCUGAACGGUCGGCUGUCGAUGUAGAGUGUCUUAUUCGGGAGGUUCGGCCCGAAGCUGUGGUGGCUCAGGUUGGGAAUUCAGCUGUGUUGGAAGAUCUCGUGGAAGAGAAUCGUUUGGCAGGUGAUGGUUGUAAUCUGGUUCCCACUUCGUUGUUUGGUGUUCUUAAGCAGUGUUUCGUGCAUAAGAUUAAUAAGGAGAAGUAUGAAAGUUUAGCUGGGAACUUGGUUUUGAAGGAAAUAUUUGGGGUUGGGUUCCAUGGCCACAUUUGGGCUGCCAAUCAAACUGCCUUAGAAGUUGGCUCAUCAUUUUUAUUGCUUGAAGCCCCAUGCAUUAGAACGCUUAAUGGGGAUAAUAAUGAUGUUGCUACCAAAGAGGUUGAGGAAGUGAGCAAGUUUGAGGGUUUAGUCAGCAGCUUGAUCCCGCAGAAACCAGCUUCUGUUGUUAACUCUACGGCCUUUUCUCUAUCUGAUAAAUUUCAGUCAAAGAUGGUGAAGCUAUUACCUUCGAAGAAGGGUGUUUCUCCCUCAGAGGCAGGGUUGAGUGGAAUUAAGCUGGAGAACACUUUCCAGGUGCCACCAUUUGCCCAGUCUAUAUAUCCGUUACUUGUUGACCUGCAUAACAUAUUCAUGGAUCUUCCAUCAAUGGGUACGGCCUUGAACUGUUCACAAAAGAUGUUGUAUGAUAUCAGCAGAGGGGAAAGUAUGGGCAUGCGAGUUGUAUCUGAAGUGAGCACCUUCCGAGUUGCUGUUGAGGGAUUAAGAAUUGCACUAAACAAUGCUGGUCGGUUACCCAUCAGAAAAUUGUGGCAACCAACUCAAACUAGUGUGGAUUUCUCAGAGCUCCCAGUUGAACAGAAAUCGCAUGCACUCCUUGCUCAUGCCCUUCAAAACCAGAGUGAGAAAUAUAAAACCAUAGUCGCUGUAGUAGAUGCCAGUUCUUUAGCUGGUCUUAGGACACAUUGGAACACUCAUGUACCUCCUAAUAUCAAAGGUCUGAUUGGUGAGCUCAUCACGGAUUGUAAGACCCAUGGGGAAUCUUCAAAUCAGAGGGACAAGAGAUGGCCAUUCUCCGGCACACCUGUGGUGUCAGUUGGUGCUGGGGCAACAGCAGUUGUGGGAGCUUCAUCUCUGUCUAAAGUUAUUACUUUAUCGACAUUAUCAAAGGUUUUAACAUUCAAGCUCCCAACUUCUCUUAAGCUUAUGGUGUCCCAAGCUAAUAAGGUGAUGGCAUUUGCUUUAACCAAGAGUGGUCCAACAAAAUUUGCUGCUCCUGGGUUGGCAAACUAUAGUGCCAAUGCAACGUCCGUCAUGAAGUCAGCUGCGUCUGCCGAGAAGAUUCGAACAGUAGCCCAUAGCAUGAUAGCAUCAGUAGAAAAGACUAGUUUUUCAGCCAUGAGAACGGCUUUCUAUGAAAUAAUGAGAAAAAGACAAGUCCGACCUGUCGGUUUUCUGCCUUGGGCAACAUUUGGAGGAAGUGUCAUGACGCUGUCAGGAUUGCUAUUAUGUGGAGAUGGAAUUGAAUGUGUUGCUGAAUCUUUUCCUUCUGCUCAUUCAAUUGCUAGCUUGGGUCGGGGUAUCCGAAGCUUGAGGCUUGCUUCUGAGGAAGUUAGGCAGAAUGAUUGCAGAAUACAACAAUCUAUUGAUUCACUGACGUACAGGCUGAAGAAAGUAACUAUUCAAUAA